UAAGAUCAGUAACUUUCACUUCUGCUCUACAGUACAGCACUUUUACUUACGAAGUGUUUUAAUAAAUAUUUUCUUUUGACUUAUUAGAAAAUAUAAACCAAUAACCAUGUUAUUGUCUAUAUUAUGUAAUUUACUACUACGUAUCUGCUAAAAAAAUAUGUUAAUUAGUAAUUUAUAGUGUUAUGUUAAUUUGUAAUAGUAAAUCAUCAUAAAAGUUAUAAAAAACCCAAGGACUUAAUCUGUUUUGAUAGAAAGUACCAAAGGAAAGAGUUAUGCAUUUUCUACAACUCACGUUAGUAGCAAGUAAAGGGUCUGGUACAAAAUUAAAGAUGCUGGAGCGAUUGGUGCUUGUGCUGCUCUUGAUUAUUCAGACAGUCAGCACCUCAGAAGGAUAUACACCCUUUUCAUUUCGUUCAUCAGUCAGAUAUGGAAAUCGGAAAAGUGAAUCUGGAAGAGUUAUUCAUAAGACACCACUUAAAAAUUCGGAUACACCUGUCAUACCAAAUGAUCCACAGAAAUUUUUCGAUCAGAACUUUUUCUACAACGUAAUCAACGUAGCUCAAUAUUUGCAAUCAUUGCCAACUUCAUGCCAUUACGAAGGAACACGAUACGGUUGCAACUUCGGAUUGGGUUGCCUUUUUUCAGGGUCGCGGCCAGCAGAUUUAUGCAAUGGCGGUCUCUUAUGGAGCUGUUGUGUCCCCAGAAAUAUUGUACCAUCCCUUAUCAAUCUUGUCAACGAGCCAGAAUGUGGACGGAGUCAUAUGCGUGAUAGUAAAAUCGUUGGUGGAGAAAAUGCCAAUUUCGGUGAACAACCAUGGCAGGUAGCUAUUGUGAAGCAAUCUUUCCUGUACCGAAAAAUUUCAUGUGGUGGAGCUCUAAUAAAUCGUCAAUGGGUAGUAACAGCCGCACAUUGUGUUGCUAGAACUCAGACAAAUGGGCUGAGAGUUCGCAUGGGAGAACAUGACAUCAAGCAAACAACGGAGAAAUAUGCACAUGAAGAAAUGAAUGUCAGGAGAAAAGUUGUAAACCCUGGAUAUAAUCCUUCCAAUUAUCAACAUGAUAUUGCUCUUUUACAACUGCAACGACCUGUACGAUUCCGAAGACACGUGAUUCCAGUAUGCCUGCCACACUACAGCGAAGAUUUUUCUGGUCAAAAGGCUACUGUUACCGGUUGGGGUCGAACACGAUAUGGUGUUCGAGACUCUCCUGGAAUUCUUCAAAAAGUUGAACUUCAAGUGAUUGACCACAAUGAGUGCCAAGAAUGGUAUAAAAGCAUUGGAAGAAAAGAAACAAUUUUUCCAACUAUGGUAUGCGCUGGUUUUAAAGAAGGAGGUAAAGAUUCGUGCCAGGGUGACUCUGGUGGCCCCUUGACUGCAGUAAAAAAUGGAAGAUCUACCUUAGUUGGUUUAGUUUCUUGGGGUGUCGGCUGUGCAAGACCGAAACUACCAGGUGUUUAUACAAAAAUAUCCGAAUAUGUGGAUUGGAUAGAAAAAGUCACUAGCUAACACACAUUUUUAUUAAAAAUUCCUAGGAAAAUAAAUUUGUCUUUUUUAAAUUGUAUUAUAUAUAGUAAGAGCAGCUAUAUUAGCUAUUUAGGCUUUGGUAGAAUUUAUUCUUUCCAGAGAAUUAUUUAAAGUAACUCAUUUUGAGUAUAUAGUUUCAAAAAGAAUUUAUCUCAUUCGAUAUUUUUCGAGAAAAGGAUAACGUUUUCUUCAACGUGUUAUGAUAAUGAUACAGAAUUUAUUUUUUUUUAAGAAAUAUAAAAUAUUUCUUUUGCUAAAAAUUUUAUAACCCUUACAAUGACAAUUUAUUUUAAGGAAAUUAUUCUGAUUGUUUUUCUGUUUUACAUAAUUACACUGUAAGAAAUUUUGGAUCUAAUUGCGAUAAAUUUGUACCGUCACUCAGAGUGUCUUUUUACCGUGAAAUCCAUUUAAAAUCAGUUACAGAACAAAAAAUCUGAUGAACCGCAAUUUUCUGUGUAAUAAUAUUUACUGCAAAAUCAUUGAAUCACUGUAAUUAAAUAAGUACUACUGUAAAAAUUACGGUAUAAAAUUUAUGCUAAAAAGGAAUUUUACAGAUACAGCACCCAAGAUGACAGUAAUUUUUACCGUAAUAUGAAACGGAAGCUUUUACGGUGCAGGAAGUAAAUAAUCAUUUUUUGUCUAUUUUAUUACUUAAAUUAAGGAAUAGUUUGUUUGACAUAUUAACAUGCAGCUUCAGAAUUCUAAAAUAUAAGAAAAUGAUAUCAUUAAUUAUUACAGUUAAAAAAUGAAACAUUAUUUUUAAUUGGAAUAAUUAGAUUAAGUUUAAUAAAAAUUAAAAGAUUCAUUUACCGAAGAUGGUCUUAAAUUGUAGCAACACUAUUUUAUUUGCAUUAAGGUUAUUUGCUCUACAACUUUUAUCAGCUCCUCUCUAAACAAAAUAAAGAUAAAAUUUAUUUGAAAACAAUUAUUCCUUUUUUAAAAAAAUUAGAAAAUAGUCUAAUCAAUUGAAAAUCAAUCCAAAUUUUAAGCCUAGUAAAUAAGCUAAAGGUGGUUAAAGAUUAAAUGCCAAAACUUUUAAAGAUUGUUCUUCAAAUGAAAAUGUCAACUGACUAACUUGGUGGAUGAUAGAUUAAUGAGAGAUGCGUAUUGAUGGAAAAUCGUAGAUAUUGUAAAUGCAACAACAGGUGAUUUUAUGCCUUUAAACAAAAAAAUUUCUUUUGACACUUACUAUACUUGCCGUAUUAAGUCCUCAUUUAUUUCAAUAGGAGCCAAAAUAUAAAUUUAUUAGUAUAUUUCUUUUAGUAAAAAAUUGCUUCUUUAAACGUGUUUUUUAACAAUUGUAUAAAUUAAACUCAGCGCGUAAUUAAAAUUCUAUUUAAUGAUUUUAAAAAUGAUUAUAUUUUCGAUACUUAGGAAUAAAACCAUGUAAUAAAACUUACUAUGCUGGACAUGUAUGUAAUUGCAAUAUACAUAUUUUGUAAAUUGAAUAUAUUUUGUAGAUAAAAAAAAAUAAUGUAUA